UUUGGUUUGUUUCUUCUGGUUCGAUUGUAUCAAAUGCUUUAACUGUAUUUUUAGUAAUAGUUGGAUUGGAUUUGGAUUUGAAGAAAUUAGUGCUAAUUUUAGGAGCUUUAAAUUGUACUUUGAAUUUUGAAA